AUGUUUCAACGUUUCUCUUCUUACACAACUCUUAUACAUUCAAUCGCAUACUGUUUGCGCAUGCGUAAAUCUAACAAGUUUAAGGGCAAAGGCUUAGAGGUUACAGAAAAAUUACAAGCAGAAACGAAAAUACUGCUUUUGAUUCAAAACGAACAAUACAGUUACGAAAUCGAACAAAUAAGGGAGACAGGGGAAACAAAAAAUCUCCGGUUAAGGGGUCUUAAUCCUUUCAUAGGCCAGCAUGGUCUUCUUCGAGUUGGUGGACGUCUAAAACACACUCCUAUUUCCUUUACAGAAAAACAUCCUAUCUUGUUACCUUCUGCUCACCAUGUGACAGAUCUAAUAAUUCGUGAAACACACACGAAAACUUAUCAUUCUGGUAUUCAGAGUACACUUUACAUUAUCCGACAUAGGUUCUGGUUGCUCGAUGGAAAAAAUCAAGUCCGUCGAAUAGUAAGGCGAUGUGUCGACUGUAUUCGACAUCGCCCAGUUUUAUUGCAUGGUAAAAUGGCUGACUUACCAAGUGCACGUGUCACUGAUUCAGCUGCAUUUUCUCAUGUAGGAGUGGAUUACUUUGGACCUGUAUCUAUUAAGGAAAAGAUGUUUAGAAAUCGGACUAUUAUUAAGGCGUAUGGUUGUGUCUUUAUUUGCAUGGCUACCAAAGCUGUACAUCUCGAAAUCGUAAGCGAUAUGACGACUGAGGGAUUUUUGGGUGCCUUCGGACGAUUUAUCGGUCGUCGAGGCGUUCCAUCUCAUGUUUAUUCAGAUAAUGGAACUAAUUUUGUAGGCGCAAACAAUGAACUCCGAGAGCUAUACUAUUUACUUGAAUCUGAACAGCAUCAGGGCAGAGUUAAGGAAUAUGCCGUACGUAAAAACAUUACUUGGCAAUUUAACCCACCAUUGUCUCCACACUUUGGAGGCAUUUGGGAGGCUGCCGUCAAAUCUUUCAUACAUCGUUUUAGACGAGUCGUAAAAAAUCAAAUUCUUACAUUCGAAGAAUUAAACACUCUUGCAGUACAAAUCGAAUCAAUCCUUAACUCUCGACCUUUAUGCUCUUUAUCUAGUGAUCCUAACGAUCCAUUAGCAUUGACACCUGCUCAUGUUUUAAUUGGUCGCCCUCUCACCAUGCUACCUGAAAAUGAUCUUUCUGAUGUUCCAGAUAAUCAUCUCAACAAGUGUGGAGACAAUGGAAAUGCAGUUGAAAUAAUAAAAGUACAGGAAGAAGAAUGGAUUACUGGAGCCAGUAGCUUUGCGAAGCCAAAAAAGGAAUUGUUACAGCUAUCGCGCCUCAGACAAUACCUGUUGGAAGAAGCCUUCACAGUCGAAGCUUUUAUCAAAGCAACGCUAAAGAAGGAAGUAACGGACGUAAUUUCCAAUGAAAUGAUUAGAAGUGAUGUACUGUUUACCAAUGAAGAUUUAACAAUUCCAUACUUGGAAAAUCUGCAAGAAGAUGCUGCGCCACCAGGAGAAGCUGCGCUACCAGGAGAAGCUGCGCCACCAGGAGAAGCUGCGCCACCAGGAGAAGCUGCGCCACCAGGAGAAGCUGCGCCACCAGGAGAAGCUGCGCAACAAGAACAAGCUCCGCAACCAGAACAAGCUGCGCAACCAGAAGACAAUGAAGAUGAUGCUCGUGAAGCUGUGGUAGUGAAUCAAGGCAAUUGCUCAAUUUGCCUCACUGAAUUAUCAAGAAUAGUAGUGCUGCCAUGCUACCACUUAUGUUUAUGCAUAGAUUGCAAUACCACUAUGCAAUACUUUAAUGAACGUCAGUUGCAAGAAAAUCAAGCUUUCUUCCCGACCUGCCCAAUUUGUCGCUCCCGCAUUGAAAGUACACGUAUAGUGUACACUACUUAAAUUAAAAAGUAAUUGCAUGUACGAUGGCUGGAUCGUGUAAAAUGUGCCUAAAUAUCAAAUAGCAUUAAAAGAUGUUUGUGAGAAAGCUGCUGGUAAAGCUUAUCCCCCGUUGGUUGAUAUAAAAGGCUAUUACACUGUUCAGUUUCAACAAACUUUGAUACUUUUUUAUUUUUAAAAAUUUAAAAAAUUUUUCUGAUCUUUAAUAUUUUUU